GCAGGCAACUGCCGCAAUUUGAAGUUUACCAGUUUUCCUAAACCUGGAUACAGGUUGGAGAAUCACACGGUUCGAACUAUUAAAGUAUUCGACGAGGAUCUCUGCAGGUUACAAUGCUAUCUGGAACCUAACUGUGUCAGUUAUAACUUCCAUAAGCUAAGACAGGCGUCUGGAACACACAAGUGUGAUCUGAAUAACGCGACCAUUGAACACGAUGGAGAACUGGUAAAAAACGAAAGUUACAUUUACCACGGAGCUGAGGUGAGGAUGACGUUUAUAAGUCAAGAGUAUGAGAAUUUAUAUUCGUUGAGGCCUUUUUACAAGACUAAGACUAAGCAUCCCUCGACCUCUGCCACUCCUCUAAAUUCUCCUUCCACCCACCAGAAUAUAGGUUACGAUAAUUGAACGUUUAAAAUGUUGAAAUAAAGAAUUAAGAGAGGCAUACUUUGUUAUUUGAGAAUGACCGGUUCUGGAGCUUUUUUAUACAUUUAUAAGAUACACGGAGAUUUUGCUCUCGCUCUGAACAGUGCCCCACUUGAGACGGGAACAAAUGUGCUCAACACAAACAAUUGCGUAAAUAACAAAAAAGCUUGCGCGAAAUACAUGGACAUCAGGGAAGACGCGUAGAUUUCACAAACAUGCAUAACAUUCAGAACUCGCAAACAUGAAUACACGUGCAAAAGACAAGCACAAAAAUUGAAGUGGUCAUAUUCUUUUUCUUCUUAAGAAUGGUUGCGCCAGUAAUCCUUGCAGAAAUAAUGCAACAUGCCAAGCUGGCUAUACACACAGAGAUUAUCAAUGUUUGUGUGCUUUUGGAUCUGGAUUUGAAGGUCACGAUUGUGAUAGAGGUGAGGGAUCCUCUAAAAUUUUUUGCAGUCAGUAAAAUGAAUGUGUGACCAUUUCUUAUCUGACAACGGGGAACGCUAGCAUGGAGGCGAAAACACUUGCGGCCAGAGCACGUCAAAUACACACAAACCCUUAUAUAAAUGUGGCACUCAUUUUGUUGUCUCAGACAUAGAUGAGUGUUCUAGUGAAACAAACUGCUGUGAUGAGAAUGCGGGGUGUAACAAUAUACGGAGAUUUUACAAGUGCAUCUGUGAAGAUGGAUUUCAUGGAAAUGGAACUAACUGCAAAGGUCAUUUAGUUUUAUCAAGUGAGUUGAUGACGUAAAAUAGGCCACUGUUGCGAGUUUAAAAUCUGAAGUUUCGAGCGCUAGUCCUUCGACAGAGCAAAUGGGGGAAUUGUGGGUUGUGUGUCUGUUUACAUGCGGAGUAUGGAGUUACGGUAUUGACGGGAACAUGGUAACGAGAAAAUUAGAAUAAAGUAGCUGACUAUAACAUCCCAAAAAUCUACUAAAGCAAACAAACGAGAAAACAAUAAAACCACAAAACACAAGAUAACAAAAUAAAAACAGGUUCCGUAUAAAAGAUGCUUCUUUUUUAAUUCUCUAGACUUGGACGAAUGUGCUGACGGAACACACAACUGUGAUGUGAAUGCUGAGUGUAACAAUACCCGGGGAUCGUACAACUGCAAGUGUAAAGAUGGAUUUCGUGGAAAUGGAACCAGAUGUACAGGUAACUGUUAUUUUAUCAUUCUAUCUUAUAUCUCCUUAUUGAUGAUGGAGAUAGCACCAGACUUAAACUUGUACAAGAGUAUAAUGUCCCUAAUUUCUGUACGGUAUUCUACCGGCAGCAGGCUCAGCAGUACGAGCUCAUUAGCAUAAGAGACGUUACUCGGUGGGUAGUUAAGAAUAAACUUAGUUGGACACCUUUAGAUGUUCUCAAUUAAUGCUCCAUGUAUGAUGGUAUAAGGAGACCAUAGGCAGGAGCAUUAUUCAAGUUUGGGUUUGACCACAGGACAGCACAGCAGCUUCCUUAUCUAAAUGUCAUUGACAUCGUGGCAAACUCGCCUGAUUUGCGAAGGGUUUUGUUGGCCUUUGAGGUGAUUUCGUCUUCAUGCUCUGUCCAUUGGAGAUCACGGGAAUCAGUGAUACUUAUGUCUUAAGCUUAAGGUACACACUCGAGCGCUGUCCAUCAAGGCCAACCAGGAGUUUUCUUCUUAAAGGUGUGAACGGAUUUGCAUUUUGCAGCGUUGAAAGCUAUGCAGCUUGGUAAAUUCCCCAGUUUCCUUUUUGCAUCGUUAUCUUAUUCUGCUGAAUUUACAGGAAUAUUUUCUCUAAGCGGUAGUGUGCAAAAUCGUCAGUACCCAAAACAAUUUGAAUUUGCGAUUAUUAUACAGGGUUUACCGCAGUGUUUACAACUCUUGGUAAGAGUGGACGUAUGGGUCCAGUCUAAAUUGGAGGUCAUUACGCUGGUCAGUAUCAUGACGGGCAAGUUACAUUGUCUAGCGGUAUUCAGCAAUGGACUGUGCCACACACUGGCGAAUACAGAAUUGAAGCAAUAGGAGCUUCAGGGGGGUACGGUGAGGACAGUAUCAUCAAGAACGGUGGAAGAGGGGCACGAAUGAUUGGAAACUUUAUUUUGACCAAAGAUGAGAUCAUUCAUAUACUUGUUGGUCAAGAAGGGAGAAAAGGGAAGAAAAACUUAAAAAGUGCUGGAGGUGGUGGAGGUACAUUUGUUGUGAGACGAAACAACACGCCUUUAAUCAUAGCUGGAGGUGGAGGGGGAAUCAAAAAUAUGUCAGAACAACAUUCGGCAUGUGAUGCGUCCAUAAACACCACAGGGAAUGCAGGGAACAACUCGCCACUGGGGUCAGCUGGAAUAGAAGGACAAGGAGGACUUACUAAUGGUGUGAAUUCUGGUUGGUGGAGAAUUUCCUUUUUAUAAAUACUGAGAAAUUUGUUGCAUUCUAUUGCCAUCCUUCACUAUCUCCAACCCAAUGAUAGAGUAAGUCGCUGAUAAUCAGAUUUUGAAGGAUUUAUAAAAACAGUUAUUAUUAAAUUUUUUCAAUACCAAUUUUGAAGAUUUUUUUAUAUAAUUCUUUUGAAGCGCCUUAUACAAGACUUAGGAUUUUGUUAAAUUUUGCUCUUUUCUUUUCAAAUCUCCUGCAUAUUUAGUGAAUUAUCGAAUGAAUUAUGGAUCCGCAAAUAUAACGCAGGAGAUGACACCGAAAAACUUGACAAGGCUUCUCAUUCGUUAACUGCAGAUCUGGAUUAAACAGAAGAACUAAAUAAAUAAAGAGUCAAUUGCAGCAUUUUUUCGCUGACUUUUCCUCGCGAGCUUUUUUGUUACUAACAAUCUCCACUAAUUAAACUUUAAAAAUAAAGAACUAAACUAAGUUUCGGAACACCGCGGAUCGUCGUUUGAUCGCGAGAAAUUAAAUUUAUGGGUGCUAUUUGUAAGAGAAUCACCGAUCACUUUUUGAUUGUAUUGCAGGUGGUGGUGGUGGCGGCUUCCAUAGUAAUGGACAUAACGCAACGAGCUCUAUUAAAGGAGGGGGAAAAGGAGGUUCAGGAUAUCUUCAGGGGGGAGAGGGUGGUAAGUUUUAUGGUGGGUUCGGAGGUGGCGGUGGUUUACUUAUAUUCCACAAAGGACUCGGCGGUGGUGGUGGUUACACUGGGGGAAGUGGCGGGAUUAAUGAGGAUAUUUCCUGUGGAGGAGGGGGAGGAUCUUUUAACAAUGGAACAAAUCAACAAAAUGAAUGUUGCAAUAAUAGCGCUGGUCAUGGUUGGGUAAAUAUUACAUUUCUCCAAUGAAGAGCACAUAGCAACUCUUGUUAACGUGCACAGAAAAAAGUUGUAGGUCAGUUCUUCAUAUUUUUGUGCAUUUCAAUCACCUAUUUCCUCGAAUAAUCCCCGGGCUCUUAGUUAAAAUCUAAGCUUAAGGGGGGGGGGGGUGCUUAUUAAGAAACUAUUCUAGCAGAAGCUUAAAAAGUUACAUACGAAAUAAACAGACACAGGUUUUCCUCGUAUCCAAACUGUUUGACAAAAUGAGAAAAAAGGAGGGGAGCGCUUGUUUGAUUUUAGGGGCUAGGGGCUGGCCGCUUAUUGGGGGAGGAGGCUCGUUGAAGCGUUGGUGGUUAUUCGAGGAAUACGGUAUUACAUAUAUCUAAAAAUGAUUUUCAGUUGACCAAGAAAGUUUAUUAUGGAAUCCCUUUUUUUCCUUGAUCAGCUCAAAACUAAACUCAAUUUUCAAUUUUCAUACGACCAGUUAGGCCCACUUUCUUUGUUUUUCCGCCCUUUGGGCCGACUGAAUUUCCUCUACCAUUGGCGCUGGUUGUAAAUUAUCCUCAAAAAUAGGGGUUUGGUUUGUGUUACGUAUGGCGUUCUUGGUUACUAUCACCAAAAUUCCCAUGUUAAAUGCUAAAUGUAGUGUUACGAUUUCCAAUCAAUUGGAAAACGUAAAAAAAAAACGAGACUCAGUCAUCGUCUCAGUGGUCAGGAUGAAUAAUUCCAGAUCUGUUUCUUGUUCCAUAAUGCAGGGUACAAGAGCAAUUAUACAUACCAAGGUGAUGGCACGUUCAAUUUUACGCAAAAUCUUACCUAGUUGUUAGAUUGUUAUUUUUAUGUCAACAUUUAGAACAGUUUUUCAGAAAGCUCUUGUGCUCUUUCACUAAAGUGGAAGAGAAUGCUAUAAUUGGCACACAGAGAAAGGACGUUUGUGCUUGAUAACGACUAGAAAUUAAACGUUUUUGAAAAUUUUCAUGUAAAAAAUCUUAGAGAAUUGCUUUGUAGGAGUUAUAGAAAGGAUCUCUCAGUUUUUAGUGUUGACAGAAUAGUACUUGUUCAUAACCUUAAUUUAAGUCACUAUGGUAACAUGCGGAUAACCACGGUUGAUUGUAGUCAAUAAACUGAUUUUUAUUCGCCAUUGAUAGUUGUUUUGUUGUUGUUUUGUCAGAGCUCUGAUUGUAGUGUUGAGACUUCUGUAGUGUCCCAGCGAAAUUCCUUUGCAAUUGGCUAUCUUCAAAAGGGCACAAUAACUAGCAAGAAGAUGGGUUACUUUCAGUCUCCUUCGCAGCCAUUCUCUGAACGUAAGAGACUGGGCGACCUAUAACUACCGCGAAUUUAACGAAAUGAAUGACAAAAUUAUUUUAAGCGUUUUUUUGACACUGCUGUAGUUGUAUCAAAUUUAACCUAAAUUUAAACACCGACAACUGUUUCCCCCUCCCAUGGGCCAAAAAAGACAACACAGUAAACAUGAAAUAAACAGCCUGUUUCUAAAUAGUGUUGAUUUUACCCAUAACAUUCACCGGCCUGUUCUUGUAUUUCUCGGAGAUUUCUUAAGAAAUCUGAAAGAGGAAAAUGGAUAAUGAUAACGACAUGGUUGAAAAGGCGGCAAGAUACAUAUUUUACACAAUAUAUGAUGAAACUAGUUUAUCAGGUCUCGCAAUGGCUCUUUCGGCCUUGGUAUCGACAAUUGGCCACAGAAUAGACUGUUACGAGUAAGGGUUGGUAUAUUACCAGGACUUCUGUUUCCUUCACUUCCUUUCAACUUUCAGAGUGUGGCAGAAGUCAGAGACAUCUCAGAGCAGGUGACACGCAGGACCUUCACGCAAACUUGUGGAACAUGUCUAUACUCGAGAUGCACAUAUUUACUAAAAGCUUUUUAACUCCUGUCUUCUGAAAUAAGACCUGGCCUAUUACUCUCCCAAGGCGUUAUGUGUCAUAAGUAGCUCAUGAUGGCCGUAGUCCUGCAACAAACAAAUAAUCAAAUGACAAAUUAUGACUUUCGAAGGGUUAGCGCACGCUAGCAUUUAGUCCUUUGCACCGGCAGACGAUUCAAGCUACUGCUCGAAACGUCAAAUUGUCGAAACUCAACAAGUGUACGGCUUUUUUUUUCCAAAUUGAUAACAAACUUCGUGCUUUCCCUGCCUGCCGACACAACACAACAGAUUCUACUGAAAGUAAAAACUUAGCUGUCUUACCUGUUCUUGAAGUUCUCUUGUUUUAGUUCUAAUAAUUUCAAGUUUAGGUUCCAAGUCUCUCUGUUCUAUGGUGGCCGCCUGUCGUUUAUCAGCCAUCACUUUAAUGGACGUUACUAAUUUUUCUGAGACUUCAAGUUUUUGCCUAAGGGAAUCAGCUAAGCGGUCCAGGUAUCUGAAAACAGAAAGGACCCUAAGUUAUAAAUUAAAAAUACACAAACGCUUGCUCGCAAUAAAUAGAGAACGGGGGCAAUAAGAUGGUAUUCAUCGACGCGAAAUGGAUCGACAGAUCUGUUCUCGAAGGCAGUGAUGAGUUCUUCCGGUAAGUGCUCGGCUGGUUCCCACGUAUUUUCACUCGGGGAGUAGCUUUGCCAUUGGAUGAAGUACUCUGCUCUGCCUCCUUGAAAUCGUUUUGCUACAAUACGUUCAACUUCGUAAACACCCAUAACAGUAGGUUUUACCUUCGGUCGUUAUUUCGAAUUAAAGCCACCGCCCCAUGGCGGACAUCAUUCAAUAAUGUUGCGUAAAAGCCUGGCUGAUGUCUCGCACGCUUCGAGAUGUUGUUGCAAAUAAGUUUUAGCAACUGAUUGGAUUGAAUGAAACCGUACUAUUUAUAUACAUGUUUUGAUUAAUCAAAAUGGAUCCAACUGUGAAUAAUUAUGUAACUGUUCCCUCGGCCGUCAACCUGUUCGUGGCGGCCGUUUGUUGGUUAGUUUGCUCGUUUUUUCUUCUGUUUGGUCGGACUGCGUUAAUCGGUGGAGUAAAAGAGCGCGAGUGUGAAGUACAAGUGAGUGAUAUGCUUUUACUCCCGUCAAUACGGAUAGAUUUCCAUUGCCCGUUGAUGGCCGCAUUAACAGGUUCCACCGUAGUCUCUUUUGCAAUUGUUGUUGUUGUCUUUUUUUUUGUCAUCGCGUAACUCUUCUCCUUGAUGGCUAAACAAGGAAAAAAAAACCCUGUUUAGCUACCAAAAUUUUUCAGUGGAGUAUGACAACACAAAUGUCCAGUAAAAGCGAGUGACUCACGCAUCGCGCUCGCUAUAGAACUGUGGUUAGGCCAUUUUUUUUCGCGCUCCUUAUUCUCUUUGAUACAGGGGCACGCCAAAACCACAUUUAAGACAAAGAUUGAAUGAAAUUAAAAUUUCACUUGACCACAGACUAGCUGGCUUUCUGAGCACCGCUUUUUAUAACCUUCAAUCAGGCGUUUUUUUCUUGUCAGUCCGCAACCGCAAGCCUUUCGCACUCGAAAACCGCCUGAUCGCAAGUAACGCUUUUUAAACCGCCUAUUCUUCAGCAUAGUAUUUUCUAAAUUUUUCUAUUUUCUAUUUUCAUGAUAUUAAUUUUUAUAAUUCCGAUAACAUUUUGACCAACGGGAGUCUGUCAGUCUACAGAAGAAUUCGCUGCAAACGAAUUUGCUAAACGCUUUAGAGCGUGGCUAUUGUCAAUUAUUGCUAUUGUUCACUUUAUGUCACCUUGAGAUUUACUUUACGCAUCCAACCGUUUGAUUGACAGCAGCUGAAAUCUGCUAAGAGACUCAUGUAUUCUUAAAGCUAUACCUGCUGACCAAUCAUGACCGACUAGUUCAGGAUAUGCAAAUUAUUAUGAUGCCUGCUGAUUAAAUGGGCACUGCAAGUACAUGUCGCGAAAGACAACAGCAUUCUGGGCGAUGUACCUUAUCGUAGGA